AUGGCACCCCGCAAGCGAAAGGCGACUAAAAGCGAGAGUCCCGACGCAGACACCAAACAGGACGUUGCAACAACCCAACACGCGCACAAGAAAGAGCGAUUGACCGACUUGCGGUCUCCCCAUCCCAAUGCGCAACAAACCGAAGACUUUGGGAUCGUUCUGCGCGACUUCUAUCCACCGGAAAUGGCAAAUGAGCGCUGCCAGGCCUACAUUGAUGGGACCCUCGAACGACCGAUCGAGACCCUGGAGAAAGCGUGUCGGGAUACCGCAGAACACCGACGUUCUACGGAAGCCGGACAAGCGGUGGUGCAUUGGUUCAAGAGUGACCUGCGCCUACAGGACAACCGGGCUCUUCGCAUGGCCUUCGAUAUAGCCAAGGAGAACGGGCUGCCCUUGAUCUGCCUCUAUAUUCAGUCCCCAGAGGAUUUGACUGCUCAUAUUACCAGCCCAGCCCGGGUAGAUCUUACUCUGCGCACCUUGCAGCGGCUCCAGCAGGACCUCUCCGAAUUGGAUAUUCCCCUUUACAUGGAGACCGUGGAGAAGCGCAAAGUCAUCCCGGGCCGUAUUGUGGAGUUGUGCCAACAGUGGGAGGCUAAGCACUUAUGUGCUAAUAUUGAGUAUGAAGUGGACGAGCUGCGUCGGGAUGCUAAGCUUGUGCGACUGUGUGCUAAGAACAAUAUCGACUUCUCUCCCUCUCACGACAACUGUGUAGUCACGCCAGGUGCUCUGAGCAGCCAGCAAAGCAAGCAAUACGCCGUGUACACGCCCUGGUUUCGCUCAUGGCUCGCAUUCUUGAAAGAGAACCCAGAUUAUCUGGAGCUGUCGGAGGAACCUGGCUCGAACCCGGGUGAUGCGCGGAAAAGGCUAUCUGGCCUCUUUGAUUGCAAGCUGCCAAAGGCGCCCGAGAACAAAAAGCUUUCUGACAAGGAGAGAAAACGGUUUGAAGAACUCUACCCCGCAGGUGAGCACGAGGCUCUUCAACGACUGGAGAAGUUCCUGGAGGAAAAAGGUCGUCGGUAUGACGAGAUGCGCAGCGUUCUGCCUGGGACGCACACGUCCAUACUGAGUCCGUACUUCGCCUGCGGAUCUAUCAGCGCCCGCACUGCAGUAGUGACAGCAAAAAGAGCAAACAAGAACCAUCUGGACCGGUAUGACGCGGGCUAUAUGACUUGGAUUAGCGAGGUCGCCUGGCGUGACUUUUACAAGCAUGUAUUGACCCAUUGGCCUUUCAUCUGUAUGAAUAAAUGUUUCAAACCAGAACAUACCAAUAUCGAGUGGGAAUAUGAUGUGGAUCAAUUCCAGGCCUGGUGCGAUGGUAAGACCGGAUUUCCCAUCGUGGAUGCCGCGAUGCGACAACUUCGCCAUUGUGCAUGGAUGCACAACAGGACAAGGAUGGUGGUUUCAUCCUUCUUGUCAAAAGACCUACUACUUGAUUGGCGUCGGGGAGAGCGAUACUUCAUGGAGAACCUGAUCGAUGGUGACUUUGCAUCCAAUCAUGGCGGCUGGGGAUUUGGCUCUAGCACCGGUGUUGAUCCACAACCGUACUUUCGCAUCUUCAAUCCUUUGCGACAGAGUGAGCGAUUCGAUCCUGAUGGGGAAUACAUCCGACACUGGGUCCCGGAGCUGAAGGAUGUGGAGGGCAAGGCGAUCCAUGACCCAUAUGAACGAGGUGCUGGGUCCAUUGCUGAAAAAAAUGGAUAUCCCCGGCCCAUCGUCAAUCACGCGGAGUGUCGGGAUCGCGCACUAACGCGGUAUAAAAAGGCCCUGCAGAAGUAG